ACAACAUCUUCAUUUUCCAUGGCCUUGGAGCUUAAGAAGUGCCUUGUUGAAGGGUUCAACUCCUUCAAGCAUGUGAAGCAUGUCCACUGUCGCCUCUUCCGUCUUUGUCUCCACCAAGACAACUACCUUGUUAACAUGAUCUUGCGCUCUUGCUUAGACUUUGGUCACACACAAUACACCAAACUUGUUUUCAACCAAACCAAGGAUCCAAACAUAUAUCUUUGGAACACCAUGAUUCGAGGGAUGGUGUCCAACGAUUGUUUCCAUGAUGCUAUUCAACUCUAUGGUUCAAUGCGCAUAGCGGGGUUCAUCCCUGAUAACUUCACUUUCCCUUUUGUCCUCAAGGCAUGUGCUAGGCUCUCGUGUUUCCAGUUGGGUCUUAACCUUCAUUCCCUCGUUGUCAAAACGGGGUUUGAUUUUGACGUGUUUGUCAAGACUAGUCUCGUUUGUUUGUACUCGAAAUGUGGGUACUUGAAGGAUGCACGCAAGGUGUUUGAUGAUAUUCCUGAUAAAAAUGUUGUUUCUUGGACUGCAAUCAUUUGUGGGUAUAUUGAAUCUGGCCAUUAUAAGGAAGCUAUUGAUUUGUUUAAAGGGUUGUUGGAGAUGGGUUUGAGGCCUGAUAGUUUUAGUCUUGUUCGUGUUUUAUAUGCUUGUACUCGGUUAGGGGAUUUGGUUAAUGGACAAUGGAUAGAUAGAUAUAUAACUGAGAGUGGUUUGCACAAGAAUGUCUUCGUGGCCACCUCUUUGGUUGAUAUGUAUGCCAAAUGUGGAAGCAUGGAAGAAGCACGUUGUGUCUUUGAUGGAAUGCUUGAGAAGGAUAUUGUUUGUUGGAGUGCCAUGAUUCAGGGUUAUGCGUCCAAUGGGCUUCCUAAAGAAGCACUUAACUUGUUCUUUGAAAUGCAGAAAGAAAAUCUGAAACCGGAUUGCUAUGCCAUGGUGGGAGUUCUUUCUGCAUGUGCAAGGUUGGGAGCACUGGACUUGGGGAAUUGGGCCAAGGGUUUGAUGGAUGCUAAUCAAUUUUUGUCUAAUCCUGUCUUAGGUACUGCCUUGAUUGACUUGUAUGCAAAAUGUGGAAGCAUGGCACAAGCAUUGGAGGUCUUUAAAAUGAUGAAGGGGAAAGAUCGUGUGGUCUUUAACGCGGUUAUUUCUGGACUGGCUAUGAAUGGACAUGUCAGAGCUACAUUUGGAGUAUUUGGCCAAAUGGAAAAGCAUGGAAUGCAGCCAGAUGGGAACACUUUCGUUGGUUUACUUUGUGGGUGUACUCAUGCUGGUCUUGUUAAUGAUGGUCGCCGUUAUUUUAAUAGCAUGAGUCAUGUUUUUUCUGUAACUCCUGCUAUUGAGCAUUAUGGAUGCAUGGUGGAUCUCCUAGCCCGUGCAGGUUUGUUGUUUGAAGCGCAGAAUUUGAUCAAGAGUAUGCCAAUGAAGGCCAAUGCUAUUGUUUGGGGGGCAUUAUUGGGAGGAUGUAGGUUACAUCGGGAUACCCAAUUGGCUGAACAUGUGUUGAAGCAGCUCAUUGAGUUAGAACCAUGGAAUUCAGGACAUCAUGUUCUCUUAUCAAAUAUAUAUUCAGCAAAUCGUAGAUGGGAUGAAGCAGAAAAAAUUAGGUCAACUUUGAAUGAGAAAGGCAUGCAAAAAUUACCUGGUUGUAGUUGGGUUGAAGUUGAUGGGGUCGUUCAUGAAUUCCUUGUAGGAGACACUUCUCAUCCUUUAUCACACAAGAUAUAUGAAAAACUUGAAAGAUUAUUUAAGGACUUGAGAGAAGCUGGUUAUAAUCCAACCACUGAUUUUGUGCUCUUUGAUAUAGAGGAGGAGGAGAAGGAGUACUUCCUUGGCUGUCAUAGUGAGAAGUUGGCUGUUGCAUUUGCAUUGAUCAAUACUAGCGCCAAAGAUGUGAUUCGUGUUGUUAAAAAUCUUCGUGUAUGUGGCGAUUGCCAUGAGGCUAUGAAACUCAUUUCGAAAGUUACGGGGAGAGAGAUAAUCAUUAGGGAUAAUAACAGAUUCCAUUGUUUUAGUGAAGGCUCAUGUUCUUGUCGGGAUUAUUGGUAAAAAUUUUGAUGCAUUGUGAGGUCUAAAAAAUCUCAACUCAUUGUCUGACUCACUUCAAAAGUUGUCAGA